AUGCAACGAACACUUGGCUUUGGGUGCAUGCAGACGCGGGGCUGGAAAGACGGUGCAGAAAGAAGGGAUCAAGAUCUAGCAAACUGUGCGGCUGCGGUCGACUCGGGCGAACCGAAUCCAGGUACCGGCUGGUUCUCCGAAGUGUCCUUAACCGCACGUAACGGCUUCGGAAAUGACGAUGAGAAGGGAUGCCACAGACAUGAACGCAACGUCUGUUACUCGCGGAUUGGCCGUGAUGUGUUUCGAGGGUCGGUUGAAUGGAACAAACGAGAGCAGGGACCCGAAUUCGGAGAUGUUGCAGGGCUGUCGAGUAUGAAAGAGGCAAAGGACAGGAUUCGAUGUCCCCCCCCGGCUCUCCACGUUGAUCUGUCAGCGUUUGAUGUUGAUGGCAAUAUCUGGAAUGCGCCUUGUGAGAAUGAACCAACUCCCGGGUUGCCAAUCUGCCUUGUGAUCGUAUACUUCUCACUGGCUGAGAUUGACGAUAUCGAUGCUGUCCAAGAGUCGGCGGCAGGAAGAGCUUCCGGAAUCCUGGCCUGGGGGAGGUUGCCGAGCCGUUGGAGAAUGGCCGCAGGUGGACAAGGUGGGCUCGGCUCGCAAAACGAUCUCGUCGAUCAAGUACCCAUGUACCCAUGUACCCAUGUACCCAUGUAUCCAUGUAUCACAACGCAACUCCCAAAUCCUGCCCAUGGAGAACAGCAGCAUUUCCUUCAAGUGCAAAAAGAUUUUCAGCUUUCGAAUUUAGCAGACUUUGUUUGCUCAUUGAACUCCCCAUCCCAUCCUUCACGGCACAGUGCUUCACCUCCGCCGCCUCUCGGUGAGUUUGUAUCUUGGGACUCGCAAACCAGGAUGAAGCUGUUGAUGCAGCGUACCUUGCAGGCUCUGCAAGCAUCGCCGAGGACAAUAAUAGAAGCAUUUCCCCAAAAUACGGGCGGGUUGGACAGAGUUUCUGGAGAUCCUGGGCUCAAUCUCCACCGCACGUUUUGCAAUGGCUUCUGGAAGGACAGAACUCGGUGCGAUGUCCGCGGUAGUAAGGGAUACAGUAUGCACAUACUUGGGUAA